AUGGUACUUAGUUGCAAACAUCUCACUCGGAUUGCACAAGUAAGCUUUGUUCGCGCAUAUGCUUUGACGGCGUCCGCUACGCCUUCAUAUUUUCAUCUAUUCCCCAAAUCAUUUCCCCAGGGAGGUCCGCCAGGAGACCCAUUUCAAAUCAAAGAAUCUCAAUUGCGUCGCGAGUAUCGAAAUUUACAGAGUAUUGCACAUCCUGACCGUUCCAACAGUAAUGUAGAGUCAGCAGAAUUAAACAAAGCGUUUACUACUCUACGCAACCCUUAUUUGCGAUUGGCGCAUAUAAUCAACUUGAAACGCGGAGUCGAUAUCACUGACGAUUCAGUGAGCAAGGCAAUGAUUAAACGGUAUCAGACAGAAAGCGUAGAUAAUGGAUUGGAGUACAAGGAGCUCCUCAUGCAAGUUAUGGAAGCACACGAACAAUUGGAAUUGGCUAAUCUGGAAGAAGAAUUGGAAGAAACUGAGAGGGAAAACGAGCAACGUAUUGAAGAAGCAGAAGAGAAGAUUGAGCAAGAACUUAAAAAAGGAGAGGACGAUAGUAUUGACUGGGAUGAAUUGAUUAUGGAUGCUAUAAAGUUAAAAUACUGGGUAAAUAUACAGAAUGGGAUAAAAGAAUGGGCACCCGAUAAACCCGUGCACUUGACGCAUUGA